GUCCCUAAACCAAUCACCGUGGCUACACAGGGAGCUGGUUUGUUGACAGGAUCUGUUGAGGGUGUUGAGAAAAUUAUUACAAGCUACGAGCUAGCAAGGUACAUUUCGGAUUUGUGAAGUUACUCGAAUUGAAUUAUGAGUUUUAAUGUCGAUUUCGGGCAAAGAUGCAAUGGAGGUCAAUAGUGAUUGGAUUACUGUUCUUAAGGGUGGCUCUCAACUGUGUUUUAUGGCUCGCGUUUGGACUGGGACCUAGCUGGGGGUUCAACUUCCCAAUCAAUUUCAAUUUUAAUUUGCACAAAAUUGAGCUUCUGAGAGAUGGCGAUAGGACAUCGCAAAGGACUGCUAAUACAUGGUCACAAAGAACCUAUGCACAAAAUGAUAUGGGUAAGACCUGUUCAAAGGUCGGGGAAAAUUCUCCCAAAAAAUCUUACCUUAGUUUCUUUGAAGAUGGCAGAGAUGAAUAUGAUAGGAAGUACAGUUCCUUCCCAGACACUCUCAAAACCGAAAUGAAACGUCUGGCAAAAGACAUGUUCUACUUUGGAUAUGACAAUUAUAUGAAAUAUGCAUUUCCUGAAGAUGAACUUAACCCGAUUGACUGUCAAGGAAGGGGGCCUGAUGUUCUUAACCCGUCUAACAUCAAUAUCAACGAUGUCCUGGGCAACUACUCUUUGACCCUAAUUGAUACACUGGAUACAUUGCUGAUUCUUGGAAAUGUAUCGGAGUUCCACAAAGCUGUCAGACUGGUGAUUGACACCGUGUCCUUCGACAAAGAUUCAACUGUGCAAGUGUUUGAAGCCAACAUAAGGAUUCUGGGGAGUCUGAUUUCAGCUCAUAUCCUGCUGACAGACCCUCAGCACCCCUUUGGAGACGUGAGCCUGCAGGACUAUGACAAUGAGCUGCUGCAUCUGGCCCACGACCUGGCCGUACGCCUGCUGCCGGCCUUCGAGAACACCAGUACGGGCAUCCCCUAUCCUAGGGUAAAUCUGAAGAAGGGCGUGCCGCCUAACAGCAUCAAUGAGACGUGCACUGCGGGGGCGGGCUCCCUGCUGGUGGAGUUCGGCAUCCUCAGCCGCCUCAUCGGGGACUCGACCUUCGAGUGGGUGGCCAGGAGGGCCGUCAGAGCGCUCUGGAGCCUCCGCAGCAACGAAACUGGCCUGCUGGGCAAUGUGGUGAACAUCCAGACGGGCCAGUGGGUUGGCAAGCAGAGCGGCCUGGGUGCGGGCAUGGACUCCUUCUACGAGUACCUGCUCAAGUCCUACAUCCUCUUCGGGGAGAAGGAGGAUUACCGGAUGUUCAGCGCUGCCUACGAGAGCAUCCAGAGCCAUCUCCGGAGGGGGAGGGAAGCGUGUAACGAGGGGGAGGGUGACCCGCCUCUCUACGUCAAUGUGAACAUGUUCAGCGGCCAGAUCAUGAACACCUGGAUAGACUCUCUGCAAGCUUUCUUCCCGGGCCUACAGGUGCUGAACGGGGAUGUGGAAAAUGCCAUCUGCCUGCAUGCCUUCUACUAUGCCAUCUGGAAGCGCUUCGGAGCGCUGCCCGAGCGCUACAACUGGCAGCUGCAGGCGCCCGACGUGCUCUUCUACCCACUGCGACCCGAGCUGGUGGAGUCCACCUACCUGCUCUAUCAGGCGACAAAGAAUCCCUUUUACCUGCAUGUAGGAAUGGAUAUCCUCCAAAGCCUUGAAAAGAAUGCCAAAGUCAAGUGUGGCUAUGCCACUCUGCACCAUGUGGUAGACAAAUCCAAAGAGGACCGCAUGGAGAGCUUCUUCCUCAGUGAGACCUGCAAAUACCUUUACUUGCUGUUUGAUGAGGACAACCCGCUGCACCACUCGGAGAGCCGCUAUAUCUUCACCACGGAGGGCCACGUGGUGCCCAUCGAGCCGCGCUUCCGCGAGCGCCCCUGGAGCCACCCGCAGUCCUGCGGAGCUGACGAGCCCUGUGACGAGCCCAGCGACGAGACCAGCAGCCCACUGACCUCCAACACCAGCAAUUGUGACCGCAUCCCAGAGGAGCGCCGCUUCGGCCUGCCCCUCAAGAGUGUCUACAUGAGGCAGAUCGACCACAUGGUGGGCCUCUUCUAGUUUCACGCCCAACCCAGCCCAGCCCUGUCCUGUCCUCCACCCCCCAACACCCAACCCAGCCCAGUCCUGGACUCCCAGCAACCUAACCAUAUCUGCCCACGUCUGUGCCAGCCACAUGCCUUCAUAACAAUUCUCCACACCCACACGCCACCCUCAGCUCUGAACGCUCAUCACGGUCAUGCCAUAGACAUACUGUACUGCUUCCAGCCAUAUCCAUUUCCUGAUGUCGACCUACCCUCAUCUUCUAAUGCCCCACUCUAUUCUCCUCAAACCCCACCCUAUCUCCAAACGUCCCACUGUCACCUCAAAAUGCCCCGCCCUCAUCUUUAAAUGCCCCUCCCCCAUCUCUUAAUGCCGCUCCCUCAAUUCUGCUCCAGCUGCCUUCAGAAUCCCUUGGAGGACUCUCUUCUAACUUCGACUUAAGACACCUUUUUUUGUUCAUUUUGUUUUAAUCUGUUGACUGCCUUUUACUAAAGUCUUCUUUGCGAGAAGCUAAUAUAUUUUCUAUCAUACAACACAUCACAGGACACAUUGUUUUUUUUGUUGUUGCCUUAUUCUUGUUUUUGAAGCAGUGUUUUUUUGUUGUUGUUGAUCUCUACACUAUAUCAGGGGAGACGUGCACUUCAAAGACAAUGCCCCCUCCACUACCACCAUAUCACAUGCCUUCUGGAGGAGGACGACUCUCCACAUGAUAUCAGGAUGCCAUGCCAUGCUAUGGCCUCUUCUCAGGAGAGACUCUGCUUGGUGCAGGAACUGGUGUGGAUGGAAUUUAUUUUUUCUCUGAGAUUUUUGACAACGCUAGGAACAAGGCGUGCAAUUGCUUUGUGCAAUGCAGCUCUAAGCAAACAUUGCUGCCGCAAACUACUCAGUGCCACAUGAUAAAAACACAGGACAUUUUUUUUUCCUUCCAAGGGUCACUUUAUUAUUAUUUUUUAGCAACACUGAGGAUAACGUUGCCCUAUAACUGUAACUGGCAGUUCGGGGGAAAAACAUGGGCAGGGGUGACUUGACUUGUACAUGAACAGGAUCUCUUAUUUGCCAAAUGGGAAGAAGUCUGACUUGGUACAGUAUAUCAAUUACCUGAUGUCAAUUUCAGCCUUAACAUAAUUCCAACUGCUGUGCUGACCAAGAGACUGUAUGGUGUGGCAAGCAGUAUGUAGCCAAAACCUCAACAUCAUCUUGCAUUUAAUGACACUCUUUUUUAUAGCCAUUUGGAAGAUGCGUAACCUCAUCGUGGGAUGUAUAUUUGGGUAGAGGUGAAAACGAAUCUGCUGACACUAGUGGUUGUUAGUAUUCCUUUCGCUCAGGAAGCACAAGGGAAGUAAGUCAUUAUUAUUAUUAUUAUUAUGACUAACAUGUAACAGACGUCAAGUUACAGUAGAGGCAAAAAUGCCCAUACUUCACAGCCAUUUGCCUGGGCAGUCAUCCAUAGCUCUGUUUUUUUUUUUUUUUUUUUUUUGAAAUAGUCAGAGCAUUAUACCAACUGUCUUGUCAUACCAGACCUCAGUUGUCAAUCAGAAUGCAUUGUUUAAUGCGUGCGUGCGUGCGUGCGUGCACAUGACUUUCUGUCUGUCUUGGGAUGCUGUCUUUGAUUCUGAUCCUUGUGUGCAUUUUUUGGGCUUCAUUUCAUGACUAGUAAUGACAGUUUCACUGUUCAGCAAAUCUGAGUUUUGUUCCCCAAAUGGACAGAAAGGACACGAACAGACAGCUAUCCCCAGUGGAUGCCAUUCACUCAGUCUGUGUUGUGAUGAAGUGUUGUCUUGUGUGAAAAUGUCUGUAUAUUAUUACUUACCAUAAGACACAGCACAGUGCCUUCAUGCCUUUGCAGAAUAGUUCCUGUAAUGGCGACCUGCACUUGUUGACAAUGGCUGCAUAUUUAAUAUCAUUCUUCAGUCUCAAGCAUGUUAUGAAUGUGAGAAUGUGAGAGAGUGAGAGAAGGAGAGUGAGUGAGAGAGAGAGAUUAACGGUGCCUUUUUCUUAUGUCUUCUGCACAGUGUAGUGUAGGCUGCCGGUAGGCAACUGUACAGUAGAAUCUGGGCCCCUGAACAAAUCUCGGCGACUUACAAAGACAGUUGAAUAGCACACUAGGCCUCCCCUCCACCCCUCAAAUGCUAGCUUGAUGAUAAUCCCAAUUCUCAGUUAACAAUAUGUUUGUGUGAUGCACUGUAUUAAUAAAUGGAGGAUAUUUCCAGUACCAUUCCCUUCCCCGAAGAUAUGACAGUUGGUGAAUCAGUGGUCCAUGAGUUUGAGGAUUUUUUAAAUGUGUGAGUGUCUUAAAUGUGGUAGGUGCAAACAGAAAAUGUGAGAACAAGUGUAGUUUCUCUGUGUGCGUAGACUAUUGGAAUAAUUGAACAAUUGAAUCUUUGAAUAAAAGUGACGUUUUGAUUGUAAGCCCAGUGCAUGGCAACGUUUUAAAGAAUUGUGUAAAUUGAAGGGUUGAUAAAAGUGUUUUUAACCAAAUUUGUCUUUUUAUACAUUGGAUGAUGAUAUGGUGUCUGCUGGUUCUGUGUAGGUUUCCUCCUAUUUAGAAAGUAAAAUACACAUUCGAGGAUUGACAUUUUGCUCAUCUCUCGUGUGAAAUGCAUAUAUGUAGAGAGCCCAAGUCACACCUUUUAGAUUGGAUCAAAGAUGGAAAAACAAACAACAAAUGAGAGUCGAUCAAGAGACAAAGGGCAGGUUCUAUUUUGACUCCUAUUCAUUUAUUUUUUUCUCAAUCUGGGCUGCAAUUGAGGAAUGUGAUUCAGGCUCCCUGAAGUCCACUACUCAUAGAGGACCACACAGUGAGGCUUCCUCUCUAGAUGUUGUAGUAGGAAGUUAAAGACCAGAGGCCACCCACACCCCCAUCCCAGCACCUACCAGGGCCUAAGUCAAGGUUGCGGGCACAGACAGGGUGCAUCUAUGCUAAUCAUUUUUAAAACGCUGAUAUGGCGACUUUUCUAAAUUAUCUAAUAUAAGGGCCUGAGUUCUUAUUUUCUUAACUAAAUGAAGAGUGGAGGCUAUCGUUUAGCAUGCUUACCGAUUGCUGUAGGUUUAUCACUUAACCAUGUUCUUGGACUAGCCCACUGGUAGUACCCACAAUGGGACUUUAGUACUGACCUCUGUAAAAUACAUAGAUGGUCGCUGUUGGCUCAUUUAUGCCUCUUUUCCACUGCCGGUUUUCUGGUAGGCCUACAGCUCGAAUAAAGAUGACCCAGCCGCCACUUUGCUUUUCGAAUAGCCAUGACAGUUUAAUCGUAAAGUAAAAGGUGGCGGGCGAGUCGUGUUGUGUCGAGCUGUAGGCCUACCAGAAAAGCAGCAGUGGAAAAGAGGCAUGAGUGAUGUGCCCAGGCGUCAUAGGCCUGACUGUAACUUAUUAGGUUCUCCAUUAGGUGAGGAGUUUCUGCUGGUGUGUUUUGGCUCUCUGGCAGUGCCUGUGUGAAUAAUGGAGGUUGCCGACAAGCUGUGUUGUGAACAAAUGCUGCCUUUAUUUUGGCUGUUGGUAAACUGCACAGUGAGAAAUGCCAUGUUAAUUCAACACUUAAUUGAUUUAACUUCUUCUAGAGGAUAUUCGGUCCUAGACUUAAGUGUUAAAUUAACACCACUAUUUUUUUAUUGUGCGCUUUUGCACAUUGGAGAGCAAAAACUCAGGGACUGACACAUGUCAGGAUGUGUUUUGAUUUUUUAAAUCACUUGAGCAUGCCUUUGGAUAAUGAUUUGCUCAACUGUGUUUUUUGUUUUUUCCUUUUGUAAUGUCUCUGUAUAAAGACACUAUUUUGAUUGUAGGCUAAAUGAGAUGCAAACUAAUGUUUGGGUGUUGUUUAUUUUUCCUUCUGUGCUAAUUGGGUGCGUUUCUCGACAACAUCGUUGCUAGUAAGUUAGCAACUUAUUUGGCAAUGCAAUCUUCCAUUGGCAAGCUAGUAAGAUGCUAACUGGUUAGCAACGUUGCUUUCGAGAAACGGGGUCCAGUGUCAUUGUGAAUGAUGUGCAUGCUUUUGGGGGAUCAGAUGUACGUGCAAGGGCAUAUUUACAAAAUGUCCGAAGGUUUUGCAAUAAAGUAAUCAGAUUUGGUA